AUGAAUUCAAAACGGGUAAAUAAUGUGAUUAGCCUUUUGAUUAACGAAAUAAAAACAAAUGAUCGCCCAGAAAAUGCAAAGGAAUUGGCCAAAGAAAAGGGCAUAAAUGUUGCCAAGUCAUUUUUGAACAUUAACGAUUCAGGUGAGAAUCUCCCCCGUGAGAAGCCCAAACAAAACUGCCGAGCAGAAAAUGGGCAAAAUCGGACAAGUGACCACAGUGUAAAUUCCCAGGGGGAACAGAAGACUACCCCCAACAAAGACAACCUGAACGAAGACAACGUCGACGAUGACGGCAUCGGCGAAAAGGAAAAAGCAGCAUUGGAAUUUUAUGACGAACGGAUAGACAUUUUCGAAGAAGAAUACGUGAACAAAAAAUAUAGAUUCUACACCAAAAACUGCGACUCGAGUUUGUGCUGUUGCGGAUGCUUCAUCCCCGUUUGCUACCAAAGUCAGAGGCACGAGAACUACGUCAACCAGUACAGAAGCUUAUACGCGGUGAAUGUGCGAAUAGACGACAAGCGAGUUAUUCAUGAGCACGAAAUAAAUGCAACGGAGAACGGUGACGACGGCAAAUUAGGUAGAGGCAAACGCAGCCACCAGCACGGUGACCCAAAGAUCCCACCCCCUGUGUGCAAAGAAGAGAACCAAACAGAGCUCGCCCAGCCCAAGUGUGAAGAAACCCCCGAAGGAGAAAAAAACGGGGAGGACGAAAAAUCACAAAUAUAUCACGCCGUUUUUUGUGAAAACUGCAAUAAUCAUGUUGCCUAUCUUGAAAUAAAAAAAAAUAUUUUCCAUUUUUUUGAUGUGCUACCUGACUGA